AUGUCAAGUUACAUUUUUCUAGCACUGCAGUUGGCAGUUAUGUCGCUUCUAGCCACCUUGUGGAACGCCUUCCAGCCAAAUACUUGGUCAAAUCGAGUAGUAUCCUACAUCGUUAAUAGACUUCUGCUCUGGUGGUACCCAAUUUAUUCGACGGAUGGCUCGACACCCAUCCCAACUUUCCCUUACCGAUUUCCAGAUGGCGGGGGUAGUCUCAAGUUCCUGGAGGGAGAGAACUUCUCUCGUCAGUGGGCCGAGCGAUAUGGCCCGGUGUAUCGCAUCUGGGUCGGCCUCACGCCAGAAAUCAUUUUGACCCGCGCGGAUGAGAUCAAGACGGUGUUUAAGGACUCUGGCAACCACUACAAGGCUUCAAACCUGAAUGGUGGAUGGGUAAUGGGCGACCUGGUCGGUGAUGGUGUCGGACUCAUCAGCCAAGGACAUUGGAAGAAGGUCCAUGCUGUAGUUUCACGACCAUUUACCCAGAAGCCCACGACAUAUGUUCCCUUUGUCCAGUCCCGCAUCUCACGCCAUUUCUCUGAGUUAUACAAGGAGGAUGAAGGCGGGAAAGCGCUACGAAUCAAGCCCGCCGAGGACCUCAAGUUUCUGCCCUUCUGGGUUAUUAGCGACCUCUUGUACGGAAACUUGUCCUCAGAUAUGACAGAGGAGCUCUUGCUCAUCACCGAUCUGCGCACCGAUGUGUUCCAAUAUGCCUUCAAAGGAGGAUUGUCACUCUUCUCCAUCAGCAAGAUAUUUUACCCGGGCAUAAGGAACAAGUUGCACGUCUUCCACACUCGUUGGGCAAAGUUCAAUCAGAUGGCGUAUCAGCUUGCAGUGAACCGUGACGAUGCCUCUGCUUGUGCUAUUGUUCCCUUGUAUAGGGCUGUUGAACAAGGUCAGAUUACACCAACCGAGCUGAUGCACACAUUGGACGAAGCGCUGUUUGCCAACAUCGACGUGACAAUCGGCAGUUUCUCUUGGAUCCCACAAUUUCUGGCUGAGAAUGCCGGCUUACAGACCGAGCUAAGAAACGAGAUCUCACUAACCCGAUCUGACGUAGCUCCAGAGUCCUGGGUCAAAUACAUUGCCAGCAACUCGACUCUGCUGGCGAGCUGCAUCAAUGAAUCUGCAAGACUGAAGCCAGUGACGAACUACACCUACGCGCAAUCGAUGCCCACUGACCGUGACGUGGGUGGAUACCGCAUUCCCCAUGGGACCUUCAUGGUGGUUGACACCAAUGCGUUGAACAUCUGGGAUGACGCCUGGGGCUCUGAUAAAAUGACCUUCCGACCCCAGCGGUUCCUGGAGGAAUCCAGGUCCAGCUUUCGGUAUCGAUUUUGGCGCUUUGGCUUCGGGCCCCGCCAGUGUAUCGCACAGGCAUUGGCAGACACGAUUCUAAAGGUGCUGGUUGCCUACACUGUAGAAAAUUAUCACUUGAAACCCCCUGGAAAGUCUGCUGUGAACGAGGAAGUUGCCCAGAAACGAGGAGAUGCGUGGUUUAAGGUUGCUGAGCAGGAGAUUAUCUUGGAAGCGCUAUAG